GAAAAGUGGAGUAUAAUGUCAAGAAGUUCACUAGAUAGUACCAGUACCAGUCUCACAAUCAGCUCAAGUUCAAACUCGCUAAAUUAUUCAAAUAAUGCCGCUGCUGCAACAAGUAGUGCUAGUGAUGCAGUUGAACCAGGAGUUGGUGGCGUACCUAAUCGCUUUCUUGGAAUAACACCUGUUUAUUUAUGGCAAAAUCAGCUUCAGCAUACGUUUUCAAUGGAGGCACGGAGAGGACUCCGUGAAGGGUAAACAUUUUGGCUUGCUUGUAGCUUUUGUAGAAUUGUUUUCUUUUCCCAUAUAUAUAUUCUUUUCGGUUGGCCCGAAUUAUAGAAUUGUACUUUGAAUAAAAUUUUAGCAAAAAA